GAAUACCGUCCGCUGGCAAGGACGCCCGACUCUUGUUUUUUUUGUUUUUUUUUGUCAAGGUUCUGGUUGCAGAUAGCUCUCCGUGGGGGGAGGACAGGUCAUGAGUCAGCGGCUGUGAGGAAAGAGGCAGAGGAAGCGGUACAGGGGAGACUUUACGAGGCUGAUGUGUGACAGGAAGAGCUCCAGAAGGCAUGCAAGCAAGAGGGAGUCGUCCUCGCGCUCAGGCGAAUCCGGGUCGCGCUCAGCGGAGGCUGCGGCACCAGACGUGCCCGUAGUCCUCCCCGACGUGAAAGAGUUUCUUGCCAAAGCCAAAGAAGAUUUCCUGAAAAAAUGGGAGAAUCCAGCAAUGCAAACUGCAGCGUUGGAUCACUUCGAACGCUUGAAGACCUUAGGCACCGGCUCCUUUGGCCGCGUCAUGUUGGUUAAACACAAAGAGUCAGGCCAGCAUUUUGCCAUGAAGAUACUUGACAAACAAAAGGUAGUGAAACUGAAGCAGAUAGAGCACACGCUGAACGAGAAACGUAUCCUGCAAGCUGUCAAUUUCCCCUUCCUGGUGCGACUGGAGCACUCGUUUAAGGAUAACAGUAAUCUGUAUAUGGUGAUGGAGUAUGUGCCUGGGGGGGAAAUGUUCUCACAUUUAAGGAGGAUUGGUAGAUUUAGUGAACCGCACGCCCGCUUCUACGCAGCCCAGAUUGUACUGACCUUUGAAUACCUUCACUCCUUGGAUCUCAUCUACCGGGAUCUGAAGCCAGAGAACCUCCUGAUUGAUCAGCAAGGUUACAUACAGGUAACAGAUUUUGGAUUUGCAAAAAGAGUGAAAGGCCGAACCUGGACGCUUUGUGGGACUCCAGAGUAUCUGGCACCAGAAAUCAUCCUCAGUAAAGGUUACAAUAAGGCGGUGGACUGGUGGGCUCUGGGGGUUCUGAUAUACGAGAUGGCCGCUGGUUAUCCUCCGUUCUUUGCAGACCAGCCCAUUCAGAUUUAUGAAAAGAUUGUAUCGGGGAAGGUUCGUUUCCCAUCCCACUUCAGCUCAGACCUGAAGGAUAUGUUGAGAAAUUUGCUGCAGGUGGACCUGACCAAGCGCUUCGGCAACCUCAGGAACGGAGUCAACGACAUCAAGGGUCACAAGUGGUUUGCCACCACAGACUGGAUUGCCAUCUACCAGAGAAAGGUGGAAGCUCCUUUUAUCCCAAAGUGCAAAGGACCCGGCGACACGAGCAACUUCGACGACUACGAAGAGGAGGAAAUCCGAGUUUCCAUCACAGAGAAGUGUACAAAGGAGUUUGCAGAGUUUUAGAUUCCAACCACGAGUAGCAGAGUGAGGG